UGAAGUGCGAUCCUCCAGGCGACAGUGUCAGUCUGUGACACUGAGAACUGUGUUGGCUUUGGUUUUGCUCUUCCCCCACCUACACCCCCACCCCCCACUUUCUCUGGAUGCUGGUCAUGGCAAUUCCACUCCAUCACAAAUCACCUGCGAUCGCUUUGCUGCAGAAGAUUCAGGCUAGUGACUUGGACACUUUUGGCAGGCAAACUCUACAGUUACCUAUAAGUGGCGAUGGACCUCUGAACGAAAUCUAUGUGGAAAAAAACCGAGCCGGAGCAAUGAACUACCCAGAAAGUGGCUACGAGUUUGCUGCAGCAGCUACCCUGUACAACCCGGCUGGUCUCGGCUACACAGCCUCCAGUGACUCGCAUGGUUCCAGCAACAUCGGGGGGCUCCACUCCCUCAACAGCAUGUCUCCGAGCCCGCUGGUCUUUUUGCAGACUGCGCCCCAGCUCUCGUCCUAUGUGGCUCACGGGCAGCAGGUCCCCUACUAUGUAGAGAAUGAACAGAGCAGCUGCAGCAGUUUUGGCUUGAGGGAGGCUCCCCCUUCAACCUUUUACAGAAUUAACAGUGACAACAGACGCCAGCGAGUGAAUGACCAUCUCUCCAGCACCAGCGAGCAAAGCAGCCCGUCUGCAGGCACACUAGAAUCCAGCAAGGAGACGCGGUACUGUGCGGUGUGCAGUGAUUACGCCUCGGGCUAUCACUAUGGAGUCUGGUCAUGCGAAGGCUGUAAAGCCUUUUUCAAGAGAAGCAUUCAAGGAAACAGACACAAUGACUACAUGUGCCCUGCCACAAACCAGUGUACCAUCGACAAAAAUCGCAGGAAGAGCUGCCAAGCCUGCAGACUGCGUAAAUGCUAUGAAGUGGGCAUGAUGAAAGGUGGUAUUCGGAAGGACCGCAGGGGUGGUCGGAUGUUGAAGCACAAGCGGAGGAAAGAUGAGAAGGAGCACAUUAUUAAGAGUACCGGAGUCACCAGCAGACCGAGCUCCAGCAGUGUGAGCCCAGUGCAGAGGAACGCCAAGCACAGCUCGCUGCUGGGUAUGAGCUCAGAUGAGAUUCUCAGCACCUUGAUGGAGGCCGAGCCGCCGAUGGUUUACUCCGAGCAUGACCCGGGCAAACCUUUCACUGAGGCAUCCAUGAUGACUUUGCUGACAAACCUGGCUGAUAAGGAGCUGGUGCACAUGAUCAUUUGGGCUAAGAAGGUCCCAGGAUUUGUGGAUUUAACACUUCAUGACCAGGUGCAACUGCUGGAAUGCUGCUGGUUAGAAAUUUUGAUGAUUGGCCUUGUCUGGCGAUCCAUGGAACAUCCCGGAAAGCUCAUAUUUGCACCAGAUCUGGUUUUGGACAGGAAUGAAGGGAAAUGUGUUGAAGGGAUGGUGGAAAUAUUUGACAUGCUCCUAGCAACCAUGUCACGAUUCCGCCUGCUAAAGCUUCAGUGUGAGGAAUACAUCUGUCUGAAGGCCAUCAUUUUGCUGAAUUCUGGAGUGUUCCCCUUUCUCUCCAGCACCAUGGAAGCCCUGAACGACAGUGAGCAGAUUCAAAUCAUCUUGGACAAAAUCACUGAUGCCUUGGUUCACUUUAUCACCAGGGCCGGCCUCUCACUGCAACAGCAGUCCCGGAGACUGGCUCAGCUUCUGCUACUGCUCUCCCACAUCCGACACAUGAGUAACAAGGGAAUGGAACACCUCUACAGUAUGAAAUGUAAGAAUGUGGUACCACUCUAUGAUUUGCUCCUGGAGAUGCUGGAUGCUCACAGAAUGCACACGCCUAUGGACAAGCCGCAGCCUGGAGGAAAUGGAGCCAAUCCAAUAAAUAGAGGGACCACGCCUUCCUCUUCUUUACUGUCACUAAAGAAGACAGAUGUGAGUUUUGAAACAUCAAGAUAGGUCAGUGAUUUGAAUGGUAUGCAGUAUUAACGGAGGUCCCAACAGAAAACUACCUACAAUCACUUGCAAAUGAAGCACAUCACUGCAGCAAAAUUUAUAUCGCUUCAGCUUCAUCCAAACGCAAACCACUCUGCAACAAAGGAAGCCCUGUAUUUUGUAUACUUACUAAAUUGGAAAGGGCUUGCUAGUGAUGCGGGAACAGCAUAGCGUUCCAGCAGUUUUGUAAAGUUCUCUAAUCUUCUCAAAGAAUUUAAUGAAAUUCCAAAUGCUUCACUAGAAUACGACCGCAAAGGACAUGAAGGUGAAUGUACUAUUGGAGCAUUCCCAAAGGAUUGAUCAUCCUUGGCCUUCUGAUAAACACUUGGCAACAGAAUGAGUUAGGCCACUGAGCGUUCACCUCUGCUAGCCAAGGUCAAAUCUGCUGGUGAAGGUUUGGAUGGAGAACCAGGAUAAAGGUGAACAGAGUUAAUGGACUUCUCCUCAUAUCCAUCCAGAUCCCAUUGGCAGCUGUGCUAGGGAAUCGAGGAGAAAAAUAACCCACACUGGUACCAAUCUUUGGAGCUAGUGCCAUAUUGCGGGCACAGAGUAGAGGGAGCUUUACCCUUCUGCUGAAUUCCCUUCACUCCCUCAUCUUCAGUAAGAACAAAAUAAAAAAAAAUGAAUCUCACAAACAUAACCCCCAUGAACCUGGCCUGUGAAUUUCCCCAUGACCCAAAUGAUCCUGUUGUCAACUCAGUUCCUCUGCUAAUUCUGGUGCCAAUCUUGGUCCCAUUGGCCAUUACAUCAUCUUUGCUCAUUAAUUGGGGUUUACAUAAUGCUUGUUAAAAGGCUGAAUAAAUUGAUUUGUUUUAUUUUAUGCACAAUUAGGAGUUUAUAAUGAGUUCAGGGCUAAUUACAGCCAAUACUCUACACACCUUCAGUUAAGUCACAUAUCAUUGCUGCAUCAAAGUCUUGGAAUUCCCUCCUGAAUGGCCACCUUUGGGAGCACUAUCACCACAUGGAGUGCAGCAAUUCAAGAAGGUCCACCAUCACCUUCUCCUUGACAAGAGACAGCCAAUAAAGAACAACCUUGCUUGUAUGUCAAGAAUACAUUUUUAAAGUCUGUGUGUGGAGAGAUGACCAAAGCACCGUGAUCAGGACACCACCCAGACCUCAAACAUCAACGGCCUCAUUCCUCCAAAGCUUUUUGACACUUCUUUGAUAGAAAAAACAAAAUCAGAAUCUAAACCCUGGGCAGGAAUAGGAGGCUCACUCCAGAUCAAUGUCCUGUCAUGUUGCACCACAUCAGCACAAUAUUACAUUACCAAUGUCAACACUGGCUACUACCUCAAAACACUGGUGGUUUGUAGGGAAUUUUUUUGCAACACUACCGUUUACUCCAUAUCAUUGCUGCAAUAAUCGUAGGAUGCUUAUUCUCUACAAAGGGUCAACAAAUGGCCUUCGACGCAAUGUUUCCUCAUUUGGUGCCUUUUUUUGUACAGUGUGCCAGAUGCUUAUUGGUUAGGUGUCAUGGUGCCAUUGAGGCGGUGUGUUGAUGUUUUGAUGUUGACGAUGCUGGAACCCAAAGACUUUGGCAAAUUAGUUCUGGAGCAAGAUUUGGGCAUGCAGUGAUGAUACAGCAAUGACCUACUUUGUAUGUUAGAUCCCUUGGGUCUACCCUCAAUGUCCAUGGAAGGCAUGUUGGGGCAAUCCAUGAAAUCACCCAAAUAGGAACCUUCCUGCUCAACCAUUCCUGGCUUCAGUUAGAACCACGGCACCCUUACUCAGCUGUUUAUGUUCCACAGUAUUGAGUUCAUUAGAUCUCAGCUUUCACCAGUCAAUGGACAAGAUGAAUUUUCUCUCCUGGGUAAAGUCAUAACAGAAAAAUUAUUCAGACUGUCCACAAUAAUAAAGGGGAUAUCAGCAACCACAGAAUGUGGUGGAGAUAAUUGAUAGAACAGUUAGGU